AUGUCUAGCGGCUUACCGGAUGAGGUGGUGACCUGCCUCCAGAAUGCCCGCUUUCUCCAUCUUGCAACGUGCUCGGAAAACAUUCCUCACGUCUCGUUGAUGAACUACACCUACUUACCUAACACUCCGUAUUCUCCAACUCCCACUAUCAUCAUGACAACACCUUCAACUUCCCGCAAAACACAGAAUCUCGAGGCCAACACUCGAGUAUCUCUCCUGGUGCAUGACUGGAUUUCUCACCGCCCUCCAACCUUGAGCCAGCCGGGUCGCUCGCCUUCGCCGUCAGGUCCAGCGCCACGUUCGGGAUCCUUGGCCGAACUUCUCCUUGGCAUGAACACCGCGUCCCUGAGUCGCAUCAGCGCCACCAUCAAUGGCGUUGCUGAACUCGUGCCUUCUGGCUCCGAGGAAGAGACAUGGUACAAAGCCCAACACCUGGCUAACAAUACCUUUAGUCCUGGUGGCGAGGACACACACUCGGCUCCUCCCGCUGGCGAAGGACUAUGGGGCGGUGGGGGCAUAGGUUCACGAGAAAACGCUGAUGAAUCACUAAGAGAAGGUGACGGGGGCACCAAGUGUUACGUCGAGGGAGCAGAGGUCAGAGUUGUCGUAGUCAGGGUUCGUGACGGGCGCAUCGCAGACUGGAAAGGCCAAGUCAGAGAUUGGAGCCUUUCAGAAAACGCACAAGAAAUCAAGCCAAACGGAAUGUCGUCAUGA